GUGGAGUGCGCCGGGCAACAUGCGCUCGCGCCGGUCAGUCGCACGGCUGGCGCUGCGCGCGCGACGCGCAUUCUUGUGUAAAUUUAAAACUUCGAAUCUUAAAGCGCACGAUAUCGGAACCUGCAAUAUGUGAACUGUGAAGGACGUGCAUUUAUGACAUCUGUGGAUUUUUAUAAAUAAGAUGUGUGUGGGUAGUGAUGAUGACGACUCACUCUUUCAUUACAGUGUAAAUUAAAUAUGUUCCAGAUGUGUUUAAAGGAUUAACAGAUCGUGAAGUGAAUUGAUAAAUUCUGUGAAGUGUCUGUUCAAAUACAAGUACCUAGUGAUAUGUGACUCAGUGUGGUCCGUGCAACUUAUGGGGCAAUGCGUAUCCCGGGGUCAUCCGGGCCCAUACUCGUUCUCCAGACAUUAUGAUGCUGAAAGCCUUGCCAGCAGCGUCAGUGGAUUCACUAAAAGGGGACACUCUGAGUCGAAAGGAGCAAAGAAACGGGACAAGAGUGUAAGCGGGAACGGUAAUACAAAGCCGACGCGAGGUGUCGCCACCUCCUUCGGGUUUCGACGGCGUCCGGCCAGCACCUCAAGGGCGGACGACAACGCGCGCCGGAAGAAGUCUCAGGAUAAAAACGGAAAUGCAGGUUCCACUGAGGAUUUGCGUGUGGAGGAUGUUCUGUCGGGGCGGUCAACUCCCCUGGCGCGCCCGCGCAAGGAAACGGCCGGCCAACCGCUAAGAACUAACAGGUUCGGUUUCAGGCAGCCCCACGCUAAGACGGCUAAGGUGGCGGACGUAAGCGUGGCGGCGGAGCAGGCGUUCAGUGUCAACGGAAAGGACAAGGACACUCAUGCGUACAACAAUAAUGCUUUAGAUAAAAAGAGUACAAAUUCAUACAACAAUCAGUUACCAUUGCUGGCUACGCAAAUUACUGGUACCACCGGGGUGACGACAGUGGUCGGCGCUGCGGGCGUGCCUAAAGCUGUCACCAAACAGACUGUCAUCCUCACCUACCAGCCACAGCAGUAUUCGGCUCAGGAUGUCAGAGCCAAAGGGACUAGGGUGGAACAAACUGGUCGUGCAUCCGCCCCACGAGUACAGGGUGAAAUCCAGAGAGCUCCUGGAAAAUAUACCUUCCAAACUAACCAGCUACCGCGACCUCAGUAUCCUGCUGUUAAGAAUAUUGAUCCAAAAGCAGCAAAGCAGGUGAUAAACAACACGAGAAGAGCUGGUGCUAACGAAGGAUGGAGAGAAGGUGCAGGGUCCGCGGUGUCGAGUGACUCGGGCGUGUGGACCGGAGGGGAAGGCGUUGGGGAGCUGUCCCCGCGCUCGCGCCGCCGCCCGCGCAACCUGGAGAUGGUGAUGCGGGGCGCUCACAGCUUCCACCUCAAAGAGCUACAAGUUGCGGACUUGGACAUUAUGGACGAAGCAGUGGUGACAGGCCACACAGUGAUACCCUUGCCAAAACUACCUAGUUCUUUUGACGGUGAACUGACUCCGGAGUACGAGACCUCUGUCCCCACGUACAAACCUCCGUCUCCAAUACUCCCGAAGCCAACCCCUGUGGAACCAUCAAGGCAGAGUCCUAUGUCUACCCUGGAACGGUAUAGGACAAGGACCAGGCCUACCAAGAUUCUAGGUGCCACUGACAAAGACGAAGAGAAGUUUGUGCUGGACAGAGCACAGCCGGAAAUGUUAAAUAAACAGAACUCUUUCAUCAAAUCGUCGAGUGGGGUAGUGUCUCCGACUACAGUCAACUCCAGCAAAGAAUCAAGUCCGUCUUGCAAAAGCGAAGAGAGCCAUUUCGGAAACAGCAGCGCCUGGCAGACCCACGCUGCUGGCGAAGCCAUGGCUACAAGAUCACAAGACGACGUGUCUAUAGCUUUAAGCGUAUCAAGUUGCGAGGAUGAGAAGUCCAAGUUUGAAGCGAAAGAACCCCUAAAGCCGGUUGAAGUAGUUCUCCCCAAGAAGACCAUCGUAAUAAUGGACGAGCCACCAGUACCGCACCCUCUACUCAUGAAAUCACUGACGCUUAGUCAGCAUGAUUCUUUACGCAGCAGUAUGAUGGGAUCGAUGACCAGUUCAAAUUACAGCACAACGAGCACUUGCACCAACCAAAGCGCCGAUCACCAUACCCUAACACUCACUCUAGAAGAGUCCAAGUUCGAUAUGUCAGCUCUAGAGACUUCUACUCAAAGCUUGCUCGAUGAUGAAACUUCUCCGGCGGACAGCCUUAUAUCUUCCACCAGCACUAGUGACUCCAACAAUGAUCUGCAUGUGGAGAGAGACCCACCUUCCAUAUCUUCGGCUUAUCAAACGGCUAAUACUAAAACGAGAACACCAGAGCCGAUUAUGGAACCGAGCGAUGGGGUAGACGGAGAAAUGUUGCAGCCGCUUAAGGAAAUUAUUGAGGUUCAUAGCAACGAUGGCAGCAAGGAAGGCAGCAAGAAUGCUUCCCCUGACACCCCCGGGACUCCAACGCACGCGUCUGGGUCCCUAUCACUGUCUGACGGCCGGGACUUCUUCGAUGACGAAAUUGCUGACCAGCCCGCUUUGCUUUUCCGAAAAAAUAAUGAUGGCAGUAACACGAUUAAUAAAGAGUCAGAAGCGAGCAGACAAUUAAGGAGGUCACGGGAACGGAUAACUGCUACGGCUAGCCCUCUUGUACAACGCAGCCGUAAAUUAGGUGGUGGCCGGAUUGGGGGAACUGAAAGGACUCCAUCUUUAGAUACUCUUUCGAGCCUAGCAUCCGACGAUCUCAUGAUGGACAACGAUCUCGCACAAUCCAUCACUAGUCUACAAAGUGUUGACGACUAUAUUGAAAGGCUGGACAGCUCCUUACGAAGCGGCCUUAAUUCGCUGGACGAGAAGCAACUUCGCCAGGAACUGUCCUCGUCUAAGACAGCCGUGCGGCAGUGGAGUCAACUGCUGGAACAGAAUAACUUACUGGACCGGCAGCUGGCUGCCAUGGCGCAGGGGAAGAGUACAGCCGACUCGCUGACGGCGAGUAACAACAGCCUCACUAGCAUUGGAGCUAGCUUGCCCGUACGCACGGCUCGGCUCCUGCAGCGGUCGCGCACCCAGACGCCGUCCGAAGCUGCGAGUGACGGCACCGCAUCGCCAGCACCCGCGCCCGCGCCUGCAACCCUGCUCCAAGAUGUGGUCGACAUCAAAACACUGUUGCUGCAACUCAAGCGGGUCUUACAGGAGCCCGGGGAGGAGCAUCAUUCGAUGAGUAGUGAAACUCUCGACCCGUUGCUGGCGGCGUGCGCGGAGAGCCCCGCGCGCGGCAACGGGCGCCGCCCCCCCGCCUCGCCGCUGCACCCUGACGCCUGCGCCGAGAUGCGCCGGCAGAUACUCUAUCUGCAGGGGCAGUUAGAGGAGCGCGACCGGCUGGUGCGUGUGUUGCAACAGCAGAUGCUGCGGAUGGCGGAGAGCCACGAGCCGCGCGCUGACGACACAUGCAACGUCGCCACGCAGACUGACAGGUUGCGGCCACCGAUGAGCACUGCGCUAACGAGUUCUGAAAAUUCCGGAUUAGUGAGUUGGAAUGAACAAGCUGGCGUAAGGAAGCUGCCGACGUAUAGUGAAGCACAAAAGACUAAGAGACCCACAAACGGGCCGGUGAAAUGCCAGUGCGGUGCAAAGAAAGUGAACGACACAUCCGACGACAAACGGACAGACGUGCAUCUCAAGACCAACAGUAGGGUCGGGUCGAAGUACCUCCAAGCUUUGGCCAAUAGCGAUACGAAUAGACGUUACAUCAAACGGGACUCGUCCGUGGGUGAGAAGACGGAACGACGAAUGUCCUUAUACAAUAGCCGAUCGCGUUCAAUAGAGAACUUCCAGAAUUCCAACCAGCAAGUGUAUACAGAAAACGCUUUCAGACACGCGGUCAUAGAAGAGAAUUCACUACUAAAACACCACACUUCCUACGGCGACUUAUAUAACGGCAGAAUCAGUAGUAAAGAAAGCGUCAAUGGUAACAGACACAGUCCAAGUCUAAACGGUCAAUCCACAGACACGGAUUACAGUUCCGACGGAGGAUACAAAUCGUUGCCGUCUUCUAUCAACUGCAACGGGUAUUCCCCGAAAAAGGUAAGUGGGAUUCCCCGGAGGUCAAUAGAACAGAAGUUCCUAUCCACCAAGCACGUCAAAGCGAGCGCUAUUUAACAUCACGCCAAAUUUAGAUUUUUCGAUACUUUCCUGAACAAUUGUGGUCGAUUUCUAUAUUUAAUUUUAUUUCAUCAUAGGUUCCAAAUUCAAAUUAUCUUACUUUUCGUAACAAAUAAACGAUCAAAUUAAAUGAUAAGCUGUUCCUAGCUAGUCAUCAUACAACAGUAGAUGAUAAAUGUUAAAAUAAUAUUACAGCCUAAGUGUUGAGUAUGAAUGCGCUUUAACAUUUGAAUCACUCUAAAUUAAAGAUUAAAAUCUUAAAACAUAUAGUUGUUCAGGUCAGUAUCAUUAAGCUUAUAUCUUUAUAUCAAGUUAUUGGACAAUUCUGUCUGCUAGCGGAUUCAAAUGGCCAAUAAUACAUUUGCCUCGUGUGUCACAUUUGACGAAUUAUAAGCAAUAGUUCUUUGUCUUGUAUGACUGAUGUUACAUUUAUUUGGAUCAAUAUUUAUUAUUAUAAAACAUAUGACUCGGUACAAUUUACUGUAUAGAAAAAUUAAUAAUCGUGUAAAAUAUGAAAUAGUAAAUUCUUGUAGUUUUUUUUCCGUGUAUUUAUGAAAUUCAAAUACAAAAGUCUUGAUUUAUUAAAUGUAACAAAGUCUCCUGUAUGUUUUCAAUGUUGCGUGUGAGUUGACUUAAAACUGUCCUUAUUAUGUGAAAUAUACAACUUGGUACUUAACUUAAACAGUAAUGUGCAAAAUUGGAUAUUUUUAACAGCAAAGAAAAAUAAUAUCAACGGACUCCGACAUUGGUGUUAUGUUUACAAUUUUAAUGAAAUACACAAUAAUGUCCGGUUUCUAAGCCAAAAAGUCAGAUACAGAAAAAAAUGAUUGUAGCGUUUUUUAUUGAACACAAUAUUACAAAGUUCAUUUUUUUUCUAUAGUAUUUAUGUUGUUUGUCUGUUUGAUAUUAUUAUAAGGCAGUUUAGCGUUGUGCCUUCCUGCGACCGUGCUACUAAAUUGUACUGCAAUGGCCGACAACACUUGAUUGUUGACAACGUUUUCUCAUUUAAAAAAAAUCUAAUUCUCAGUUUGUAAGAAAUUUAUCUUGACCGGUCUGAAAUCAGCCGUUUGGCUGGGCAGCUAUUUUUUUCAUCGAUAUCCCUGUCUAACUAAAGAAAAUUUGGUAAAUACAUGUGAGAAAAACGAAGCAAUCUUGCGGCUAAUAGUUUGGUUAUGUAUUGGCUGCAUCAUAGCUUUCUCAUUUUGUAAGAAAUUUAAAAUUUUAUGCAGUAUCGCUCUGCUAUGAUUGAUGAAAAAAUUAAAUAUGCGUCCAUUAGACUCUCAUGCAGCCGUCAAUACAAUCCAUCAGUCACCCAUCUUUAGACUUCGACAUUUUAUCCAUCUGUCAUAAGCCUUGAGGGCCAGCAAACUGGCAGCAAAUCCUAACGUCUAGUGGACGUUAUAUCGGCUAAGUUCAGUUCGGUCAAGAUAAUAAAUAAUAUAAUGGUACGGUCCGCUUAUCCAACCCAGUGUCAGAGUAUCAAUGUUUUGCAUUUAGUUCCACUCGAGGCUGCCUAAGCUAAGUUAACUUAUUUGAUGCCAAAUUAAUCGAAUAUAAUCGUCGCAUAGGUGUUAUAUGCAAUAAAACCGAUUCCUUUUUGACGCGAAACGUAAUUGUACGAUUCUCAAUCGAUUGCAUAAUGCAUUACCUAUUAUUUUUUGUCUACAUUGCUUCACAACUUACUUGACUUUCCCGUGUUAAGGAUGACUAACAUGAACACAGAAAAUCUUUUUUUUAACGAGGCUGGAUGUUAUAAGCAAAUGUAUCAUUCAAACGUUAGUCCCGUUAAAAAUAUCUGAUUAAACUUUGUAGAUUUCGUUUACAAAUUUGUAUACAAGCUAUAAGUAAAAAUGUUAUUUUAGAUUUUCUAUGGUAGACAAACUAGUAGAUAAAGUUGUAAUAUGUGAUAAGAGUGGCUGUAAGAACUUUUUAUUUAAUGUUUAUUAAUCUUCAUUAUAUAAUCUUCCUUGUUGAUGACCACCAUGUUUAGGUAUUGAAAAAUCGAAAGUUGCUUAUUACUUAGUUAUGUGGUUAAACUUUACCGUGUACAAUGUUUAGAAUCAGGUAUUAUCAUAUAUGUGUCUGUAAAUUAAGCUACCGAGCAUUUUUUAAUUUUAAUGUCCCAAUGUCAUUUUUACGCAUUUGUAAAUUCAAUCUUAAUUUAAUAAAUCAUUGUUAAUCUUCCUCGAAGCGUAAUAUAGUCCUAUUAUGAUGCCUAAAGUUGUAGUAAGUUAAUUAAUUAAACCUGUGUACUUAUGGCUACUUGUAUUUAUCUUUUCAUUACAUACUGCGCUUUCCUACUUUAGUUUUAAGUCUAUGCCCGUUAGCUUAGUUAAAUAUUAUAUUAAUUUAAAAAUUGAAGUUG